AUGUUCUGCGAGUACUUCUUUUUCUCAACUAAAAUUUUAUAAUUUCUAUAUUGCUCGCAACUGGUUUAUCUUACUUUGGCAUUGGAAUUUUGUUUUAGGAAUGUGAUUUUAAUUUGAAUGCUGAAUGGGAAGAAUAAAAAGAAUGACACCUUUUUGAACUUCUAUAUUUCUAUUUGGCACAUUUUGGUACUUUCUCAUCAUCAAUAAGGCACUUCAUAGCUAAGAAAGUUGGCAGCCCUGUUUGGAGUAUCUGGCUGGUGCAAUUUCUUGCCACACGUUGUAAGUUGGUGACUAAAAUAGCUGCAUUCCAUUAAACAUGGCAAAACGAGCUCAACCUGAUUGGAGUCCACCGGCCGCAAAGGAGCGUCCGAAAUUGCGACUGUUCAACAGCUUUACAAGGCAAAAGGAGGUGUUUGUCCCACUGGAUGGCAAUAAUGUAACUUGGUAUAGUUGCGGCCCAACCGUAUAUGAUGUAUCACACAUGGGACAUGCAAGGUCGUACAUUUCUUUCGAUAUUCUGCGGCGUAUCCUCUCUAACUAUUUCGGUUAUAAUAUUUUUUAUGUUAUGAAUAUUACUGAUAUUGAUGACAAGAUCAUUAAACGUGCACGACAAAAUUAUCUCUAUGAACGUUAUGUGAGCACAGCCUCUUCGAUACCACUGGAUAAAUUGUUAGUGGACCAAACGGAGGUUUUGAAGCAAUUCAACGCUAUCUGCCGUGGAACGACUGAUCAUGACAAGAAAAUUAUGUAUGAACGAAUGCUUAUAAGAAUGAAUGAAGCAACGGAAACGCUUAUUAUGGCUGUGGCCAGCAAUGAUCCAGAAAAAAUUGAUGAAGCGCGCUCACUGUAUUUGAAGGAGUCAAAAGAGCCCAUAGCCGAGUGGCUGGAUCGCAAAGAAGGCUCGAAAAUUACUGAAAAUUCAAUAUUUGAAACACUGCCACGUUAUUUUGAGGGCGAAUACCACAGAGAUAUGCAGGCGCUCAACAUAUUACCGCCAGAUGUACUUACACGUGUAUCAGAAUACGUGCCGCAGAUUAUCAAAUUCAUUGAACAAAUCUUUGAUAAUAAACUUGCAUACGAAGCAAAUGGCUCCGUAUACUUUGAUGUGAAUGCUUUUGACAAGCAAGAGAAGCAUCAUUAUGCAAAACUUGUACCAGAGGCAUAUGGCGAUACCAAGUCACUGCAGGAAGGCGAGGGUGACUUAUCUAUUGCGGCAGAUAGGCUCUCUGAAAAGCGCUCACCAAACGAUUUUGCACUGUGGAAAACUAGCAAAGCUGGAGAACCAUCAUGGGAAAGUCCUUGGGGUAGAGGACGUCCAGGCUGGCAUAUCGAGUGUUCAGCUAUGGCUUCUGAUAUAUUUGGACCAAUGUUUGAUAUUCACACUGGUGGUGUGGAUCUAAAAUUCCCCCAUCAUGACAACGAAUUGGCGCAAUCGGAAGCAGCAUUUAAUCAAUCGGAAUGGGUUAAAUAUUUCCUGCACACGGGUCACUUGACCAUUGCUGGGUGCAAAAUGUCAAAAUCAUUAAAAAAUUUCAUUACGAUACAAGAGGCAUUGAAGAAAAACACCCCUUGUCAAUUACGGCUUGCAUUUCUUCUACACUCCUGGAAAGAUACUCUUGAUUACUCCAGCAACACGAUGGAUAUGGCCUGUCAAUAUGAGCGAUUUAUGAAUGAAUUCUUUUUAAAUAUAAAAGAUUUAACUCGACAUAUACAAACUGGUCCAGCAGGUUCAGAGUUUAGCGCAUGGACAAGUGCCGAGGCUGCCUUGCAAGAAAAACAUAAGCUAACGCGUGAUGCAGUACAUGAGGCCUUAUGUGACAACAUUGACACUCGCAGCGCGCUAGAUGCUCUGCGAGAGUUAGUUUCCUUUACCAAUGUGUAUAUGAGAGACAAUAAAGAUCGCUUGAAUUGUAUUUUACUUCGUCGCAUUGCCGAGUAUAUAACGGAUAUUUUGCACAUAUUCGGCGCUAUUCAAGGGCCCCGUGGUGGCAUAGGUUUUCCCGUUGGUGCAGGCGAUAGUAAUGUGGACAUCGAAACCACAUUGUUACCAUAUGUAGAUGCGGUAGCCGAAUUCCGAAAUAAUGUCCGCGAGGAAGCGAAAACCAUAAAAGCGAAUGCUAUUUUAGAAAUGUGCGACAAGUUGCGGGAUGACGUUCUACCUAAUUUGGGCGUGCGUCUUGAGGAUAAAGAAAAUGGAAAAUAUGCUGUCAAGUUGGUGGAUCGAGAAGUAUUGCUGAAGGAACGUGAAGCGAAAAAAGCUGCUGAGGCAGAGCGCCUAGCUGAGAAGCAACGCAAACAGGAAGCUGCUGCGAAGCAGACGGCUGCCAAAGAAGCGCAAAAAAGAAUUAGUCCCAAGGAGAUGUUCUUUAAUGAAAAAGACAAAUACUCACAAUUUGAUGAAAAUGGGUUACCUACGCACGAUGUCGAUGGCAAAGAGAUAAGUAAAGGCCUGCUUAAGAAGCUAACUAAGCUGCAGCAGCAACAAGAAGCGCGGUAUAAAGAGUACCUGUCGUCAACAACUAACGGCAAUUAAAUUAAUUUUUUUCUUAUAGUAAUGCAAUAAAAUUUUGAUAUUUAAUAAAUAAAAACAAAAAAGGUUGG